UUCAUGGGAGACGAACAGUAAACAUCCAAAUAUAGCACACUUCAAAGCAAAAAUGUUUUUGCUGCUGAUGUGUUUAAAUGUUUGUUUUUGUAUUCUCCAUCAGUGCUGCUCAGAGUCAAACCACACUGGAGUCCCUGCAGUGCCACUUCACCUGGAACCUGGACCGCAAAAGGUCAAUCCUAUUACUUCUCAGGGACAAGAUGGAAGACAUCCGCACAGAGAAGGGAAAUCGAUGGCUGGGCCACAUUUACAACCUGUGGGGGUUCAUUCAGUAUAAGCUGGGGUUAAAUGAAGAGGCUAAGAGUUUGUUCCAGAAGGCUGCAGAGACCCUCAACAAGCUGAGAGAUGCAGAUGAGGGUGCUUGGUUAGUGGUGAACUACGGGAACCUGGCCUGGCUGCACCACCACCUGGGAGAGCUAGAGGAGAGUCAGGCUUACCUGUCAAAGGUUGAUGCCCUGAUGGAAAAAUACCCAUCUCCAUCCCAGGACGAGCUCCAUCCAGAGAUCUACGCUGAAAAGGCCUGGACCCUGAUGUUCUUAAGAGAGGACAUGAUUCUGGUUGUUGAUUACUUUGAGAAAGCUGCCAGGAUGCAGCCGGACAUGGUGGAGUGGAACACCAGCUAUGUCAUAGCGUCAGUCAAUGCUCAUAAGCACAACAACACAAGUCUGGACCCUGAUGAGUACAACAACACAAGGCUGGACCCUGACCUCUUGGAGAGAAUGAGACAAGCCAAGGAACAGGAUCCAGAGAAUUUGUACCUCGCUGUUCUCUACCUUGAGCAAUGUGCUAAUAAAGGCGAAAACAUUCGAGAUCAAGUCCGUGAGAUAGCCGAACAGGUUUUGAGAAGUCCUGUCUGUAGCUACGAUUGUGUGAGAGAAAUAUUAAGGGUUUACCAAUGGUACUUAGGUGUUGAUGAGGCCAUUGAUUUGGGAGAAGAGGCUCUGCUAAAACAUCCAGAUCAGCGUUAUCUGAAGAGAUGGGUUGCACUCUGCUACAGAAAAAAGAUUUUGUACAUCAGGGGGGGCCCCCUAAGACCAGGCGUGAUGGACAGAGCCAUCAGUCUCCAUGAGGACCUCAUCUCUCUUUACCCUCACUCUUCACUCUUGAAGAAAAUUGACCUCACAACUAUCUAUGCAAAGUCACAUCACAGCAAGGCCAAAGCUGAGCAGAUAUAUCAGGAGCUGCUGGACAGUGAUCUGGAACCGGGAGAAAAACAGAUGCUUUACAACAAAUAUGCAGAUUACUUAUUCUUUGAUCUAAAUGACUCCCACAGGUCGACACAGUAUCACAUGAACGCAGCAGCAAUACCCGAAAAUUCCUACUUCCGUAAGAAAAGCAUCAGAAGCCUGGAGAAGAAUAAAGACAGAGGAAUAAUGUGCAGAGAAAUUGAGGAGUUUCUCAGAAACCUGCAAGAGCCAACGCAGUAAAGAUAGGGAGGCAAAUUUAGGGGGAACAAUUAUGUCCAAGCAAAAAAAAAACUAAUUUCUACAAAGGUGUUUUGCUUUCAUGUGGUAAUAAAGAGCAACAGAAUCCUGAAGAAGAAUGAAAAACAGGAGGGGGCCAA